GUAGAAUUGACAGAUGUAUGAUAGCUACAGUAGGUGGUUGCUUGUAAUUGAGCAGGCCACCAAAUCCAAAUCUGAGUUAAAUCUUCUCACUGAAAUGGCAGCCUAAGAUCUUGUCCGAGUUAUGGCAUGGCUGAUGUGGCAUCAAAUUAGCUAUACAGAAUCUCCUACACCCACUACAAGUACUAAUCGAAUCUGGUUCUCGAGGGCUGCCACAUGUGAUCAAACUAUGCUAGAUUUGACUAACAAUGUCAUAUAUGUAGGACAUGGUAGCCUCUAGCUAUUUUGUUCAAGUGCAAAAAUCCUCUUCUUAUUGCAUUCAUUUCCCACCCUCUCGGCCUCGGGGAAAGGAAAUGGCAAUAGAAAAAUGUAGCCGGUGUGGUGUGCAACUAGUUGUGCCCCCAGACGCUCAAGCGAUUCGAUGUGCUGUGUGUCAAGCCGUCACCAGGGUUCAUUCCUACUACCCUCUGGCUCAAGCCCGCGAGUCAGCUAGCAGGAUUACUUCUGGUCUUAUUAGCAUGGUUUCUGGCAACAUUACCACCAUGACUAGUUCGGUUAGUAGCAGGAACUAUCCUGUGGCGCCGGGUUAUGGUGGUUAUUAUGCUCAGCCACCAAUUAGGCCCGUACUUCAGUUGCCUCUUCCUUCAAUGCAUGGGAGGAAACGGGCUCUGCUUUGUGGAGUAAGCUAUCGAGGCAAGAGUUAUAAGAUCAAAGGAAGUAUUAAUGAUGUUAAGUGCAUGAGAUAUUUUCUUGUCGAGAAGUUUGGGUUUCCCAAUGACUCCAUACUCAUGCUCACAGAAGAUGAGACAAACCCAUUACAGAUUCCAACAAAAGAGAACAUAAGGCUGGCUUUAAGGUGGCUUGUUCAGGGCUGCCAGCCAGGGGACUCGUUAGUGUUUCACUUCUCUGGCCAUGGUUCAAAGCAACUUGAUUAUGACAUGGAUGAGGUUGAUGGGUUUGAUGAAACUUUAUGCCCCCUUGACUAUGAAACUCAAGGGAUGAUAGUUGAUGAUGAAAUCAAUGAGACCAUUGUAAGGCCAUUGCCACAAGGAGCCACACUUCAUGCCAUUAUUGAUGCCUGCUAUAGUCAAACUAUGCUUGAUCUUCCAUUUGUGUGCAGGAUGAAUAGGGAAGGAUACUAUACAUGGGAGGACCAAACUCUUUCACCAUAUGCUUAUAAAGGCACGAGUGGAGGGCUGGCACUUUGUAUCAGUGCUUGUGAUGAUAAUCAAACCAGUGUGGAUACGACAGCAUUGGCAGGCAAUGCUUCGACUGGUGCCUUGACGUAUUGCUUCAUCCAAGCAGUGCAAAAUGAACCUGGAUUAACAUAUGGACGCCUGCUUAAUUCUAUGCGCCAGGUGAUUCGUGGGGCGAAAACUGGUGGAUUACGCCUAAAUGGUCCCAUCGCAUCCCUAGUAAAUAAAGCUCUGUUCAACACUGAGAUAACACAGGAGCCUCAGCUUUCCUCGUCCGAGACAUUUGACAUCUACGCGAAGCAGUUUAUACUGUAAAUUGAAUUGGGUUACAGUUGUUAUCGAAGUCUUGCAAUGGAAAUUGUUAUGUAUUUAAUGAAUGGCCUUCCAUCCAUCAUAAUCUGUCAAAAACACUAUACUGUGAUACUCACAGUUUGUAAAUAAAUUUGAUGUCUUCUCAGUUCAAAAUCGUUUUAUUUUCUAUUGUUUACACAAGCAAGUGGCCUAAGAAAAAACUGCAUGUAAAACAUUGCGUUUGUAACUGCA